AUGUCCAAAUUUGAUAAAAGUCUUUUGACUCCGUGUCCAACUUUACGUCCUUCCGAGGCAGAGUUUAUGGAUCCGAUUGGAUACUUAUCCAGUGGUCCCAUAUCGGAAUUGGGUAAGAAGUAUGGUAUUGUCAAAAUUGUGCCUCCCGAGGACUGGAGACCCAGUUUUCAAAUUUCGGCAUCUUUCAAGUUUCACGUGAGACAACAAGUCAUCAGUGACUUGGGGAUUACCACUAGAUCAAGAAAGUUCUUUAGGGAGAGCAUCAAUAGGUUUUUGAAUAUGAGAAGAAAGCGGUUAUUGAAGCUAUAUUUCAAGAUUGAGGGCAAGAAAAUUCACUAUUACGAUUUAUACGUGCUUGUGGAGAAAUUAGGUGGCUUUCAAGCGAUGGACAAGUCAAAAUGGCAACAAGUGAAUGCCACUUUUGGUGUUGACCUGAAAUCUAGGGUGAUUGAAUUGGAGUAUAAUGCCUCCAUCAAACACUACGCCAAUUUUUUGAAGUUUAAUAAAUCAGUUGAAUUUCCUGAUAGUGAUUCAGAUAGCGAAUCUGAAAACUGUGUUGUAUGCGGAGACAAUGAUGACCCUCAAGAGACUUUGCUUUGUGAUAACUGUGACCACGCUUUCCACAUGAAAUGUUUGAAUCCACCAUUGGACCAGAUCCCAGCAACGAAUUGGUAUUGUGACAAGUGCCUUGUUGGGACUGGGGAAUAUGGAUUUGAGGAGCAUCCCGAGAUUAAGUACACCAUCCCUGAAUUUUACCAAAUGUGUAAAGAGUUUGAUGAAAAAUUUGCCCAGGAGUACAAUGAUGGGAAGAGGCCAACUUUGAACGAACUAGAGGAAAAAUUUUGGAACUUUGUGGAUAUUGAAAAGUCAGAUUUGGAAGUGUUGUAUGGAGCAGAUAUACAUAACUUGAAACCGGGUGAAAUAAGUGGGUUCCCAAUGGUGAACACACCAGGACUAGAUGUGGCCAAUGCCGAGAAUCGAUUCUACAUUAAUCAUCCGUACAAUCUCACAAAGUUGCCAUUUGCCAAAGGGUCACUACUUAAUUACAUCAACACGUCAAUAUCGGGCAUGACUGUGCCGUGGAUUUACAUUGGCUCACUCCUUUCAACGUUCUGUUGGCAUGUUGAAGAUCAUUACACAUUGUCAGCCAAUUACUGUCACUUUGGUGCCACCAAAAAAUGGUAUGGGAUACCUUCCUCUCAUGCUGAUCAAUUUGAGGCCUUGAUGAGAAAAUCUGCCCCAGACUUGUUCAAGAAGCAACCGGAUCUAUUGCACCAAUUAGUCACGCUAAUAAACCCCGCUGAGUUGGUGCGGAACGGAAUCCCAUGCGUUUAUGCUGAUCAAGGACCGAGAGAAUUUGUGAUUACGUAUCCAAGAGUUUACCAUGCCGGAUUCAAUAGUGGCUUCAACUUUAAUGAAGCCGUUAAUUUCGCCAUGGAUGAUUGGUUAGAGUUUGGAGAGCGAUCAGUGUUCGAUUACAGGCCGAUUAAGAAGGAGGAUGUUUUUAAUUAUUAUGAGCUUGUGGAGAAUAUUUUGAAAGAUUUCAACCAUCAUUCGAAAAGUGGGAAUGUGAAUUUGGCAAAGAGGAGUAUAAGCGUGCUCGAGAGGUUUUUGAGUCAGCAAGAGAGACUUUUGGAUCAUGCAAGGUUCAAGAAUGUGGACAUUGCAUACAGGCCAAAGACUUACAAGAAACGGCGAUUCGAUUUGGAGCAAAAUGGUGAGGUUGGAGACGAGGAGGAAGAUUUGUGUUUUAAUUGCAAAACUCAUUUGGGAUAUCAAUAUUGCGAGUUGGAUGAUUCCUUUGAUGAAAAUGGCAAAGAAGCAACUGAAGAAGUAAAGCGUGAAGAUAUUCCAAUUACACACAACGACCAGCUUCUUACUCCAGAAGUCUCGCCACAAGAAAUGGUUCUGAAGGAUUCUUCCCAUUUUAAGGCAAGCGAGGUAUCCAAGUCAUCCAGCUCUAAGCAACUACAAACCGUUACUAAAUCUGCUUGUAUGAUGGAUGAAUUUGACGAAUUGAUUUCAGAAGCACGAAAGAGAUCUUGCGAGCCAGAAGAGGAGUCUGAGUGCAAGAGGCGAAAGUCAAAGAGAUUAUCGUCGUUGGAAGAGCAGCAAUUUCAGAAGCAAGAGAUAUGUACGCACAUAAAAGAAAAGACCAACGGAAUGAGAAGGAUGAGUCACAAGAAGAGGAGGAGCAAGACUGAGAUCAAUGAGCCAAAGAAGUUUUGCUUACAAUGUACUUUGAAAUCUGAUCAAGCACCAGGUGGUAUUAAAGUUAUCUACCAAAAUUAUCCCCAGCAAUUGAGACAAAUUAUUGAUGAAGCAAAGUUCAAAGUCAAUUCAAUACCAGUUGUAUAG